UUUGCGAGAUGAGAAAGCUGGCGGCGGGGGCUGACCGCGCUGUGGGUCGCCACGCCGAGACAACUCGGAUGCGUGUCGGAACCUGCCAGGGUGACAGGUCCCAGAAGUCUGUGCAGAGGCGGCGUGCGGCGUGACCGAGUGCGGAGUGGCGGCGUGACCGAGUGCGGGGGUACCGCCGCGGCUCUGCGAGGGGUGCGGGCAUGUUUCUGAAGCGCAGCGUGCAGCCGCUCCUGACCGACUUCUACCAGUUCACCAUGGCUUACGGGUACUGGAAGAGCGGCAGGCAGGGGGAGCGGGCGGUGUUCGAGCUCUGCUUCAGGAAGAACCCCCUCGGGGGCGAAUUCACCAUCUUCGCGGGGCUGCAGGACUGCCUGAGCUUCCUGUCGGAGUUUCAGCUGAGCCGGGAAGACGUACAGUUCCUGCGCUCGGUGCUCCCUCCUGCCACAGAGGAAGGCUUCUUCAACUACCUGCUCAACAUCAGCACCCGCGAGGUGACGGUGCGUGCUGUUCCUGAGGGAUCGAUCGUCUUCCCACAGGUCGCGCUGUUGGAAGUUGAGGGUCCGCUGGCGAUUGUUCAGAUCCUGGAGACGCCGUUGCUCACUCUGGCCAACUACGCCAGCCUGGUGGCCACCAACGCAGCCAGGUUCCGUCUUGCUGCUGGACCAGACAGACGACUCCUGGAGCUGGGCCUGCGGAGAGCCCAGGGCCCGGACGGGGGGAUCUCGGCCUCGAGGUACUCAUACAUUGGAGGGUUUGACGGUACAAGCAAUGUCCUGGCUGGGAAGCUGUAUGGUAUUCCGUUGUUUGGAUCUGUGGCACAUUCUUACAUCACUUCCUUCACAUCAAUGUCAGAGGUGAAAGUUCAGGGUCUGGGGUCUGCGUGCGGGUCUACGCCAGCGCUGGACUUCGCGUCUCUCUGCAGAGACUGGCUCUCCCGGGUCUGCGAGGUCCUCGAGGUUCCCAAGCGCCAGGUCAACCUGUCCGAGCUGGCGGCCUUCGCCUCCUUCGCCUCCUCGUCGCCCAGGAACUUUGCCGCCGUGGUGGACACCUACAACGUGACAAGGAGUGGCGUGCCCAAUUUCUGUGCCGUGGCUCUGGCCCUCCAGCAGCUUGGCUACCGCGCCCUGGGGCUCCGGCUGGACAGCGGGGACCUGCUCCAGCAGUCGCUGGUGGUCCGACGCAUGCUGCAGGCCUGCGCAGACAGGUUUGGAGUGCCCUGGUUGUCAGAGAUGCAGAUCAUCGUGACCAAUGGCAUCAGUGAGAAGGAUCUGAUGGAUCUCCAGCAGCAGCCGAAUGCGGUGGACUCUGUGGGAGUGGGCACUCACCUGGUCACCUGCCCCAUUCAGCCCUCGCUGGGCUGUGUGUACAAGCUGACACAGGUGAACAGCGAACCCCGCAUGAAGCUUACCGAGGAUGAGGACAAGAUGACCCUCCCGGGGAAGAAAACUGCGUACAGAUUUUUCAGGGCUGACGGAAGCCCCUUUCUCGACCUGUUGACGCUGGCCAGUGAGCCGGUGCCCGAGGCUGGUGAGGAGGUUUGGUGUCACGUCCUGCGUCCCGGAAGAGGGGCUGUCCCAGUGACAGCAACCAGAGUGGAGCUCCUUCACCACGUUUACUACGAGCAUGGGCAGAUGUCCAGGGAUGCACCCAGCACGACGGAGAUCAGGAGCUAUGCCCAGGACUCACUGAGCAAGCUCCCCGCCCAGCACAAACGCCUCGUGGAACCCGUCCCGUACCAGGUUGCCAUCUCGAUGGAGCUUCACAGACUACUGAGCGAGCUGGCACAGGAGAGGGCCCCUGUCCCCGAGGAGUCCCACUGCGCAGAGUAAAGUUCGGUUCCACUGGGAUGUGAAAUCAGAUGCGUUCAGAGCCUUAGAGCCAAUCCCCUGGAGAGGGGAGUCGUCACCUCACUUGUUCCAGGUUCUCAGACACAGAUCAAGGGGCUCGAUCUCCCCCCCCCACCCCCCGCCACUGUCCAUGGGGUUGGCGAUGGUGGGUGUCAUAUGACUUCCUGAACCCACAGCUACCCCGCCCCCUGCUCCCCCAUUGGUCAGCAGUGCAGCCAAUGGGAGCGCAACCAAGCGAUUUCACCUGCAGUGGUUGAUUCUAAAAUGUCAGGUUUGCUCAGCAGGGAAACUGGCCCUUCGGCCCAUCUGAUUCAUGCCAACCAGGAAGCCCCUUCCAAACUAGACCCAUUUCACCAUGUCUGACACAUAACUUUUUCACCCUUUCCAAUUCGUGUACCUGUCCAACUGUCUGUUAAAAGUUGUUAUACACUACAGGCCUCUCAGCUCACUGGCUUCUUACCUACUGCAAAACACAGAGCUCUCCAUUUUUCUUUCAUCCAUGUGCCUACCUAAUAGUCUUUUAACUGUCCCUAACGCGUCUGCCUCUACCACCACCCCGGACCAGGUGUACCACGCACCCACCACUCUCUACGCCAAUCCUGUCUACACACAUUGGGUCUGUAGCUGCUCCUCCCUUGGAGAUUCGUGGGCUUGUCACUGUCUCUGCCUCCUCAGGCAAUGGCCACUGUGUCAGUCACUCUAAACCUCCUUCCUCACACCUUAACCGAUUUCCUCCAAUUAUCAGAGACUGGAGGGGCUUUUGAUGGCGACUCUGUCCUCUGACCUGCUCCUGUGACAGGUGGUCAGCUCCAGUGACCCACGACUCGCCCAUUCCGCCUCGGUCCAGCCUGGUAGGCCCUGUGCCCACCUGCUGUGUAUGUGGCCUGUUUACACAACUAAUUUAUUAAUAAAAACGCUGGAGACGGGAACUAAGUUUCA